AAGUACGUGAUGGGGUCUUUGGAAGCCGCACCAAGGCACAGAGACCCUUUGCCCGCCCUCGGUGGUUUCAGAGGCAAGGACUCGGGAUUCAAACACCCCAUCUCAUCGCCCAUCAUCCCCCUCCACUCCUCCAGCAUGUAUUCCGGUCAACAAUCACCCUACUCCUACGCGCCCGCGACCAACGCCGCACCCCAACCCGGUUACAUUUCACCGCCAGAGUCGCGCCGGGUCAUCGAGGAUGAAAAAGACAAGGCCACACCCCGCCAAUCCCUCCCAUCCAUUCACGAGGCCCUCGACCUUCCUUAUCCCGCUCCCACCUCCGCUCCUCAAUCACAACCUGGUCACGCUGCACCGCCAUCACAUCUGGUCGGGCGCUCCGCGGAAGGCCCGUCAGGGCCCCCCAACCCUUUCUCUAAUGGUCCUGCUUCGGGCUCCCUGCUGCGGGAAGCGGGCUACCCCCACCAGAAUCAACUCCAGACUGAGGCCUCGCGCAACAGUCUAGCCUCGAUCAACACGACCGAUUCACGGAACCCGUCGCUCCACUCCCUCAGCACCGGCAAGUCACCGACCCAGAGCGCCAAAACCGGCAUUACCUCGGUGACAGGCUCCCAAAAUUCCUCCGGUUAUGACCGCCGAACGGCACGUCAUACUCCUCCGGCACCCUAUGAUAACCGAUACAUGGGUGCACCACGCGUGGAAGAGGUCAAGGGUGGAUUCGUGGGUCGCUCGAUUCCUGGUCAGCCACAUAGCGAUUCGGUAAAACGACAUUUGGACGUGUACGAUGUGGAGACAUCUCUGAAUGAGAUCUCGGAGAUGAGCACCCGAACACUUGACUUUUCACGGCACUACGCUGCUCGUGCACACCAGACACAACGGUCUGGCCCGGUCUUAGGGUCUCUGCCCUCUCUCGGGGAAGUGGAGGACAUGCUCCAUAUGCAGCGUCGGAACCAAGAUGCACUCAUCCGGAUACGGACGGCGGUCGUCAACCAAGAACAAGCUCUAGCGGAACAGCUGGCACAACGCAAGGCCUACAAGCCCGGAGAAGACGAGCACAUGGCCAUGUAUCAAGAAGAAUUCAAAGGUACAGGUGGAUUUGCCGGGGCGGACUCGAAAAAACGGCGUGGAAAGGCGGCCCCUCCUGGUCGUUGCCACAGCUGUAACCGAGCCGAAACACCGGAAUGGCGUCGGGGUCCAGAUGGUGCCCGAACGCUGUGUAACGCGUGCGGGCUUCACUACGCCAAGCUAACACGAAAAAUGGGCGCGAACAAAGCGGCGACCCUGGGAUCGAAUCUAAAGCCCAAGAACCUUGACUCCGCAUCGCCAACCAGUCAUUGA